AUGGCAAACGAAGUCAUCCUUUACGAUAUCCCUUCGAAACAGGGGACGUCGUGGAGCUUGAACCCGUGGAAGACAAGACUCUACCUCAACUACAAGAACAUUCCCUACAAGACGGAAUGGACGGCGUAUCCUGACCUUGAGCCCAAGUUUGAAAAAUUUGGAAUCCCUCCCAACGAGACAGGAACCAAGUAUACUGCACCGACCGUCAAGAUGCCCGACGGGUCCUACGUGGUGGACUCCCGCCGCAUCGCCGAGGGCCUAGACCGCAUCUACCCCGAUCCGCCGCUGCACAUCGAAUCGAAAUACCAGGCGCCCGUCGAGGCCGCGCUCGGCAACAUCAUGCGCUGCAUCCGGUCCGUCUACAUGCCCCUGGUGCCGAAGAUGUUCCUCAACCCGCGCUGCCGUGACUACUUCGUCGCGACUCGCGAGAAGGUCGUCGGCAUGCCGCUGGACGAGUUCGGCAAGACGGCCGACCACGACGUCAAAAGCGCCGAGCCGUACGUGCGUGAACUGUCGGCCUUGUUGACCGAGACCGACGGGCCAUUCUUCGAGGGCAAGGCGCCGUGCUAUGCCGAUUUCGUUGUCGUUGCGUGGGUCAAGAUGCUGAAAGGGUUGGGCGUCGAGGAGAAAAUAUACGCCUUGGAAGGUGGGGAGCAGCUGAAGAAGCAGUAUGAAGCCGCCCAGGCGAGCGGGUGGUUUGAUCGGGACAGCUACUGA